AACAAGACGUUUAAGAAACUGGAUAUAAUUGUAUGUGCGGCUGAAAGGUUUUUGUAAUUAACUGCCGAAGCAUUGGGCCCCUGAGACUGUGUAGGGGUGUGAUUUGGACUGUGACAGAAGGAGUGAGAGGGUUUUUUUAUUGAUCCAUUUUCGUAUUUUGUCUGAUGUCGUUUUACCCGCUUUUCUGGAAUGGACAUUACUUUUCCCCCGCAGUUCACUAACUGUACAGUAGGUGGACACAUACACAUUACAUUUGUAUGAAUGAAACAGGAACUUCCGGGCAAGCGCACGCCAUUCUUCAGAAUAAAGAAAGCGUCAGAACUUUUGAUGUUGAUAUGAUACCUUUUGUCUCCGUUUUAAAUGUAUGACUACAGACCGACUCAGAUUAAGUCUGAGGCCGGUAACAUCAACAGUGAGGACAAUCCCAGCCUGCCUCUCUCCUUCCACACUGAGUCCAAACCUACAGUCACUGGGUCCUGAUUGUGACAGUGGAGCCCAGUUUGCUCUGCAGGAUCUAGAGAUGGCAUCAGUGAAGCUGGAAGACUGCAGUCAAACACUGGAGCUGAAUGUCAACAUUAAAGAUGAAGAAGAAGAAGAAGAGGAGGAGAAGAAGAUCAGGACAACUGUUAGUCAUGGAGACCAUGUUGACACAUUCUCUACAUCCAGAGAGCAACAGCAGGAAGAGGACAGAGCAAAGAGGUCUCAUCACUGCCCACAUUGUGAAGAGAUUUUCCCAUUUCUAUCAAAGCUAAAAACACACCUAAAAAUACACACAGGAGGGAAGCCUUAUUCCUGCUCUGACUGUGGAAAAAGUUUUAAAUCAUCAAAUGAGCUAAAAGCUCACCAGAGAACACACACAGGAGAGAAGCCUUACUCCUGCUCUGACUGUGGAAAACGUUUUAAAUCAUCAAAUGAGCUAAAAGCUCACCAGAGAACACACACAGGAGAGAAGCCUUAUGUCUGCUCUAACUGUGGAACUAGUUUCUCUCAACUCUCCCACUUAAAAUCACAUGAACGUAUACAUACAGGAGAGAAGCCAUACGUCUGCUCUGACUGUGGGGCGAGUUUCUCUCGUCUGGGCACCUUAAAAACACACCAACGUAUACACACAGGAGAGAAGCCUUACUCUUGCACUGACUGUGGAAAAUGCUUCACAACGUCAACUGAUCUAAAAGUUCAUCAGAGAACACACACAGGAGAGAAGCCUUAUUCUUGCUCUGACUGUGGAAAAUGUUUUAAAACAUCAAAAGAGCUAAAAGUUCACCAGAGAACACACACAGGAGAGAAGUCUUACGUCUGCUCUGACUGUGGAACUAGUUUCUCGCAACUUUCCAACUUAAGAUCACAUGAACGUAUACAUACAGGGGAGAAGCCAUACUCCUGCUCUGACUGUGGAAAAUGCUUCAAAACAUCUACUAAGAUAAAAGUUCACCAGAGAACAUGUGCAGGAGAAAAGUCUUACUCCUGUUCUGACUGUGGGGUGAGUUUCUCUCGACUAGAUACCUUAAAAACACACCAACAUAUACACACAGGAGAGAAGCCUUACUCCUGCUCUGGAAGGGUGGGCGUGUAACUCAAACUUCUAGCCAAAGGCUGCUGUGUUUAGAAUCUCAUCAAGGUUAAUUGUAGCAUUUUAGCUAAUUAGCAACUUUGCAACUACUUACUACUUUUUAGCUAUUACUUAGCAUGUUAGCUUAGCAUGCAACUACUUGUUAGUAUGUUAGCUAACCUUUCCCCUAAAACCAUUUAAGCCCUCACCCCUAACCUAGCUAACAUUAUCAACAACAAAUUGGAAUUCGUAACAUAUCAUACAUAUUACAAGUUCGUAACAUAUUGUAUGAAUAGCAAUGCGUAAAAUAACAUAAGAAUUGUAAUCCUUUUACGGCUGCUGUCUCUGUACAGGGAUCAAAAUCAGCGGAAAUUUCAGAGCACAAACUAAUAGUACUCGAUACAACUCAAACUUUCAUUAAAACACACAUGCAGGGUACUCAAUUAAAGCUACACUCAUUGUGAAUCUAGCCAACAUGUCAGAUUAGUAAAAUGCUUUUCAGCGAAAGCAUGAUAAGCUAUUAUCUGAUAGCAUGCAACCCCCGAAAUACCCAAAGGGGACAUAAACAGAAUAAUUAGCGUAGCCGGCGCUACACAAAACGCAGAAAUAAAAUAUAAAACAUUCAUUACCUUCGACGAGCUUCUUUGUUGGCACUCCUAUAUGUCCCAUAAACAUCACAAUUGGGUAUUUUUUUCGAUUAAUUCCGUCCAUGUAUACCCAAAAUGUCCAUUUAUGAAGCCCGUCUGAUCCAGGAAAAAGCACCUUUCCAAAACGCAACGUCAUUUUUUAAAAUUAAAAAAGUUGCCUAUAAACUUUGACAAAACACUUCAAACUACUUUUGUAAACCAACUUUAGGUAUUAGUAAACGUUAAUAAUCGAUGAAAUUGAUCACGGGGCGAUCUGUAUUCGAUAGCAGCAAGUCUUGAAAUCAUCGUCCAUAUUCCCCCUUUCAUAACGUCCUUCGGUGUACCCCAAGACAGGAAGUGCCUAUUCCUCAUCCCACCAAGGAUAAACUACAACUGAAUUGCCAGUACUGGCGACAUCGUGUGGAAGCUGUAGGCAUUGUAAACUGGGCCCUAUCUAUUUUCCCUUGCCAUAGACAAUACAGAGACUGGCGGAGGGAUAUUUUUUGUAUU